UAUUAGCACAGCAUCCGUUUAAGCUUCACGUAUGCUGCUCAGUAUCUCCAGCUCAUCGGUUCUCAGCAUGUCGAACGUGUCCGAAAGAAAAGGCUCUCGCUUCAGUGCGCAGAUGUCACGCAACAAAAACAGUGAUGGAGUGAAGGGAUGCAUGGAUCAGAUGAAUAACAGUGGAAACACUGCUGAUCCGUCAUCAAGAGGAGAAUCCAAAAACCGGCCCUCACAGAUGGAUUCGGCAGGGGCCACCAGCCAGCACAGAUCUAAUGAGAAUGGAAAGGGAGCAGGACAAGAAAGAACACCUGCAUCUGGUGAGAAUGCAGAGAAAAUGACCAAAAAUACUAAAUCCGAUGAGGUUCAAAACUCCAAACCUAACAAUAGUACAUCUGGAGAAGGCAGCUCUAACCAGCCCUCUCAAAGUGCACCUAUGGACACUUCAGAUGCUUCCUCAGUUGUUUCCAGCUUAGGAACAAGUCCAAAGUCGAAAGAGCAGUGGACCACAUAUCCCAUCCAGAACCUUAAAACAAUGCAAGACCUCUCCAGAGAGUUUAACCCGCUACUUGCGAAGAAAGAACAUACAAUACUGAUAGAUAUGGAAUGGAUCCGAAGGGGUGUAAUUGUCCCUCAUCAAGGGACUCAUGUUUGGGAUUCCCACCAUGUGAAGUUACCACAUCUGUAUCCACUCCCUCCAUCCCAUCACAAGUCCCAUGCACCACCCUCUCGCUGGGAAGUCACCCGCCAUGCGUUGCACAGGCUCACUAAAGGCAGUAACUCUAUUGGGGAUGUUCAGACUGCAAUAAUGUCUUACAAUUCCAGAAACAAGGACAACUGGACAUUUGAUGCACUUUAUUAUUAUGGUCAGCGCUUACACAGAAUGGAAAAUAAUCUCCAUUCGCUGAUCCCAAAGAUGGCCAAACUAGCUCUUGAUUUACCUGAACUCAUUCAAAAGCCCAUCCCUCUCCUGCGACAGCAACAGAACCAGGCCAUAACAAUGUCUCAGCAGCAGAUUUCCUGUCUGUUAGCAAACGCCUUCUUCUGCACCUUUCCUCACAGGAACGACACUAAACCUGGUUCAGAAUACGCCAACUACCCCACCAUCAACUUCAGCAGUGUGAUAUGGUACUUUAUCCUGUUGGUAACAGCCAUCACCGGCAAGGAGCACAGUUGCCAUGAAUGGGUGCACUUGGUCCACAACAAUGUUCAGAUACCUGAGAGCUCCUAUUUGCUAACAAGACAGACAACAAAAUUAGCCCUAAAGGCAGAGAAACUGAAGGCCAUAUUCCAUUACUUCAACACAGUGACAAAUGAUGAAGAUGCAGCAAAACCAGAGGGACUGGUCACUUUUGAAAGGAUUAGCAUUCCACCAUCACAGCUCCCUGAAUGGAAAUAUCAGAAGGUUCCACUGACGAACCUUCACAUCUCUCCAGAAGGAUCCAUUGAGGAGGAGGGUACAGGGAUGCUGCAGGUGGACUUUGCCAGCAAAUAUAUUGGUGGUGGGGUGCUGGGAUCAGGAUUGGUUCAGGAGGAGAUCCUCUUCCUCAUGAGUCCAGAGCUCAUCGUGGCCAGACUCUUCACUGAGAAACUGGCUGAUAACGAGUGCCUCAAGAUCACAGGUCCUCAGAUGUACAACCUUACUUCUGGCUACAGUGAAACCUUUUAUUGGGAGUGUCCAUACAAUGAUCGCACAAAGCGCGAUAACUGGAAGAGACGUUAUCGGCAGAUUGUUUCCAUCGAUGCUCUCGACUUCAAGAACCCGAAGGAACAGUACACUAAAGAGAACAUAAAACGAGAACUCAACAAGGCGUUUGUGGGAUUCCACGGAGACGUGAAAACAGCCAUCGCAACGGGCAACUGGGGCUGCGGUGCCUUGAACGGAGAUCCUAAACUCAAAGCUCUCAUCCAGUUGAUGGCUGCCGCGGUGAGCGGACGAGACAUGGCUUACUUCACUUUUGGCAAUAAAGAACUAGCAAAAGAAAUACAAAGAAUGCAUGAGAUACUGACCAUCAACAAAGUGACCGUGGAUAAACUGUACAACUGGCUGAAAGAGUUCUCUAGACACAACACUCGUGAACAUCACUUGCCAAAAGAUCUGUAUGGAUUCAUCAGUGAGAAGAUCGGGCAUAUGGCUAGCUUAUUGUAAAUCUGCCUGGCUGCUCAGAGACACAUACAAGCUCACUUCAGAAAACAGUAGUCAAUAACAGUUCAGCAGUAUUAAAUAUGUAAAGCUGCUUUGAAUGUAUCAGAUUACUGAAGGACCAGAGUAAUGAAGUAAACAAUAAUAAUAAUAAUAAUUAAAAAAAAAACUGCUGUAUGUAAUGUAUUUGUUUUUGGACCACAGGUGUCAUAUAUACUUAAUUGUUUACAUUAAUUAAAAUAAAUUAUAGUCUGUCACAAAUCACAUUAAUCAAAGGCCUUAGGAUCAUCUGAAAGUGCACAAGACAUGUCUUUAUUAAUGCAAAAAUAAACUGUGCACGUUCAAUUUGUUCUUGCAUCGGUUAUUAGUACAAACAAGCAAACAGACUGAACUGAGAUGCUUUUAUUGAAUGAAGUAUCAUAACAGUAGUCUGGAAUAAACAUAAGCUUAAGAAAAUAAAUAAAUCCUUUUAUUUUAUGUCCUGAA